CAACCCAAACCACACCACACCGCCCACCAAACACCUCCGUCCUAUGACCCCUAAAAGUGCUACCCGGGCACUGAUUUCUUCAAAAUGAGCGGCAGGCUUGCUGCACGCACAGCCCUGCGAGUAACGAGGAACGCCACGACACCGCCGCGCGCCCGACCGUUUUCCUUCGUCACCAACACCAUCCCAGCCGGCGGCCUGCUUCGCUCAGAGGCUGGGCUCCGACUCAUAAAGCGACGCCCCUGGCCACAGGGAAGCUAUGCUCUCCAUAAUGUGCCCGCCGUACGAUCGAUCUCGUUUGCGAGGGUUAUUCCGAAGCUGGUGACGAAGUUUGCAACUGCGGGUGCGGCGGCGGGUGGCGCUGUCAUCGCGGGUGCUUCGUACAUUCAAUAUCAGGCUGGACAGGCCGGAACAUUCGCUGUCGAUUUAUUCAAUAAGGCGAAAGACGGUGCAACAGGAAUCGCUGAUGGAGCAUUUGGAACUGCGUCUGGAGUGUUCGAUCAGAUUGGAAGGGGAUGGGACAAGACGAAGGGGGAUCUGGACCAAGUUGAACUUCCGGAGUGGCUUCAGAAGCUGAUGGCAAAAGAAGAAUCAUCAGGCAACGGCGGCGGAAACGGUGGUCAAGAUCCAAAAGAACCCAAAGAACCCAAGAAUAGCGGGGCAGGAACUGUUGCUGCAGGAUCGGCUGCAGCUCUAGGCUACUCCAAGGAAGAUGAAGAAGACAAGGAAGAGGGAGAGAAGAUUGCCAGGGACGAGCAAAUGAUGAUGCUUACGAAGAAGAUGAUCGAAAUCAGGAGCCUACUUCAAACCGUGGGUCAGUCCGAGACGCUGACUCUGCCCUCCAUCGUCGUUAUCGGAUCCCAAUCGUCGGGUAAAAGUUCGGUUCUGGAGGCUAUUGUUGGUCACGAAUUCUUGCCCAAGGGAUCGAACAUGGUGACCCGUCGACCUAUCGAGCUCACUCUUGUCAACACGCCUGAUGCGCAUGCCGAGUAUGGAGAGUUCCCCGCCUUGGGUCUUCAGAAGGUCACAGAUUUCAGCCAGAUCCAGAAGACUCUGACCGACCUCAACCUUUCCGUCCCCGCAAGCCAAUGUGUCUCCGACGACCCCAUCCAACUCAGAAUCUACUCCCCUAACGUUCCCGACCUAUCGUUGAUCGACCUUCCCGGAUACAUUCAGGUGACGGGUCGUGAUCAGCCUCCAGAGCUCAAGGAGAAGAUUGCCGAACUAGUCAACAAGUACCUCAAGCCCCCGAACGUUAUCCUCGCCAUCUCCGCUGCAGAUGUCGAUCUCGCAAACAGCACCGCCCUCCGUGCAUCACGAAAGGUUGACCCUCGAGGAGAACGAACGAUUGGUGUCAUCACGAAGAUGGAUCUCGUGGAUCCAGAGCGUGGUGCCAGUCUUCUCACCGACCGUAAAUAUGCCCUCCGCCUCGGUUAUGUCGGAGUUGUCAGCAGGGCUCCUCCCAGUACUUCAGGGGGAAAGCUGUUUAACCGCGGAAAUGGAAAUAUCUCCAAUGCAAUCGCAAAGAACGAACAGCAGUUCUUCUCAGCUCACGAGGCAUUCGGACCGGAUUCCCAUCUUCAGGUUGGCACGCAGAAUCUUAAGAAGAAGUUGAUGCAGGUGCUCGAGCAAACCAUGGCUGCCAGCUUGAAGACAACGGGCGAGGCAAUCCAGCGAGAACUUGCAGAGGCUACAUACGAGUACAAGGUCCAGUACAACGAGCGGCCGCUCAGCGCAGAGUCAUAUCUUGCUGAGUCGCUUGAUGCCUUUAAGCACUCUUUCCGUGGAUUCUCAGAAUCGUUCGGACGCCAACAGGUCCGUGAGCUGCUCAAGCAUGAACUUGAUCAGCAAGUCUUGAAUCUACUUGCACAACGCUACUGGAACAGACCCUUCGAAGACUUGAGUGUGCCGCUUCCCGACGCCGAUCCUUUGGCCAGCCUGGCUAAAGCUGAUCCCGAGGGAGAGAACCAAAUCUGGCAGAUCAAGCUCGACAGCUCCAGUGCAGCCCUCACCAAACUAGGUGUUGGCAGACUGGCAACCAGUGUUGUUGCCAACUCACUACAAGCACACAUCGACAGGCUCAUCCAAAAUUCAAGAUUUGCUUCUCAUCCUUUCGCACGCCAGGCUAUUACCGAAGCCUCCACCUCCAUUCUCAAGGACUUGUCCUACGACAUCUCAGACGAACUCGAGAUCUGCAUUAAACCUUACAAAUACCGCAUUGAGGUUGAGGAUCACGAAUGGGCAAAGGGAAGGGACAACGUCACGAACGUGCUCAAAGAAGAACUUAAGGUCUGCGAGUCAGCCGUCAAGAAAUUAGAAGAGGAGGUUGGCGGCAGGAAGAAGGUCAGAGAUGUAGUUGCCUUCAUUGAUCGCGUACGCAGCGGACAGGUCGUACUUGAAGGUGACGGCAUCGGUGGCGCUGGAGGUUUCAGCUCUGCUCUUCUGCAAAAAGGCCGCGAAGCAGUUUUCCUCCGCGAUCGAGUGGAUGUGCUCAAGAUGCGACUACUAGCCGUCAAGUCCAAACAGUGCGCCACCAAGAAGAACAAGUACCACUGCCCAGAGGUUUUCCUCGAUGCCGUAGCAGACAAGUUGACCACCACGGCUGAUCUUUUCCUCGAUGCCGAGCUCCUCUCGAAGUUCUACUACAUCUUCCCCAGAGAGCUUGACGCAAGGCUGGGCCGGGGUCUCAGCCAAUCCGAGAUCGACCGGUUCGCACGAGAGGACCCCAAGGUCCGUCGCCACUUGGACGUUGUGCGACGUAAGGAGCUCCUCGAGCACGUCCUAAAGGAGAUGGACAGCCUUCGCCAACUCGAAGCCCGGGAAAAGCGAUACGCAGCCCAGAGAGAGGAGGGCAAGUCGAGGAGGAAGGGAGGAUGGAGCCUCUUCUAGAGUCUCGUAUGAUAUAUUUCUCAAUGCCUGAACCAAAAUGAAUGAUUUGCAACCUACGAGCAGGAGCGAUAAGAAGUAGCUGGUAAGCCUGUUCGUCAGACAUGAUAUACUCGCGGAUCCGCAUGGCGUUUAUUAGAGAGCAUAGUUGGUCGAUACCAUUGGGACAACGCAGCUUUUGUAUUCCUAGCAUUCAAAAACGAACGACCCCUCACGAUAAAAAAUGAAAAUCUCCCAUAGUAUAAUAUAGAAAUCCAUUUGCAACCGGACUUCGGCUCCGCCGUGGCCGUGAAUGUCGU